CUUCGAGGUUCCCCCUGCGGCGCGUCUCGGUUUACCGCGUGAGUUUGUUCGCCCUGGGGCAGAUCGUGCAUUUGCACAGCGCGCUUGAAAGAACCCGACCAGAGCCGCCAGCCUGUUUGAGAAGAAACAGCGUGGACCAUGACGGACUUCUGGUUGAUUUCUGUUCCACUGGACAAGACCACCUGGAACAGCCGAGAGAAGCUGAAGCGCACACUUGCGAAGACCGGCCUGGCUUCCUGCUCCAGGUUCUCCAUCCCAGACCUCAAGGCGGGAACGCUGGACGGUCUGCUAGGCGUGUCAGACGAUCUCUCCAGGCUGGACACAGUAACCGAAAGUGUUAUGAAGAGAACUUGUCAGUGUAUGGGCGAGGUGAUGGAGCAGUCCAGUGACAAAGUGUUUGAAAACACUCUAGCCAAUGGAGUGGACCUGGCGCACUAUGUGACAAAGUUUGAGUGGAACAGAGCCACGUACCCCACCACUUUGCCUCUCUGCAGUCUGACGGACAUUAUCCACAAGCAAGUGUCCCAGGUGGAGGCAGAAUUGAAAUCUCGAGCUGCGGCGUACAAAAGCAUCAAAGCCAGCCUGCAAGGCCUGGAGCGUAAAACAGAAGGGACCUUGCAAACUCGCAGCCUGAAUGAGGUGAUAAGGAGAGAGGACUUGGUGGACUCAGAGUACCUCACCACGUUGCUAGUAGUGGUAGCCAGAGGGAAGUAUGCGCAGUGGGAGAGGACCUAUGAGACGCUGUCAGAGUUUGUGGUGCCUCGGUCCAGCAGGCGACUCUACGAGGAUCAAGAGGGGGGAGUUUUCUCCGUCACGCUCUUCAAAAGAGCCGUCAGUCAGUUCACAGCCCAAGCCAAACAGAGCAAGUUCACCGUGCGAGAGUGCAAUUUCGAUCAGGAGGAGAAACAAAGGCAGGAGGUGAAGAGGCUUAGCGUGGACAAAAAGGAACAAUACGGGAUCUUUGUGCAUUGGCUGAAGGUGAACUUCAGCAAGGUGUUUGUCACCUGGAUUCACCUGAAGGCAUUGAGAGUUUUUGUGGAGUCAGUCCUCAGGUAUGGUUUACCUGCGAACUUCCAGGCUCUCCUGCUGAAGCCAGACAGGAAGUGCACAAAGAAACUAAGAGAGGAGCUUGCUUCGCUGUUCGUGCAUCUGGAUCCCACUGCCACCUCCAGCAAGACAGAUGUGAGCUGUGACCUCGCGGGGAUGGGCCUCAGCCAGCAUGAGUACUUCUCCUAUAUCUGCUUCCAAAUCAGCACCAACCUGCUGGAGAGCAGCUAGCUAGCUGUCCGACAUGAGAGGACCCGCAGCAAAACGAUGAACAUCCGGCUGUUUCACCCGCGCUGUUUGUUUCACGCAAACAAAGAUCGUCAACACUGCCGAGUGUGUGAUGACGUGAAUAAACACUUGUACUGGCCCG